AUGCCCUUGAUGACCAUCGUGUUUGGCACACUUUCUAAUAGCUUUGCGGACAUCGUGUCCGGAGAAAUCACUGCAGAAGACUUCUUGAAGGCAUUGUUGACAUUUUCACUCUACUUCGUGUACCUGGGAAUCGCAGAGUUCGUUGGCAGCUAUGCGAUGUGGAUCGGGUUCACGCUUGCCGGGGAGAGCAUGACAAACAAAAUUCGGUAUGGAAUUUGUUGCGAUUUGAAGGCGAUACGUACGCGCCUACUGAUUGCGCUCGCAGGCACGACCUUCUCUCCUCCCUCCUCCAGAAAGGAGUCGCUUUUCUGGACGAAUCUGGCACAGGCGAAGUCAUCAAUCUCCUUGGAUGCGACGCAGACUCCCUCAUGGACGCCCUCUCGUUCAAACUGGGCAAAGUCAUAGCAGCUCUCACCUCCGUCCUGGUUGCGUUCCUCAUCGCCUUUUCUCGCUCUUGGCAGCUGACCUUGAUCGUGGGCAGUGGCCUGUUUGCCUUUGCGGCCGCAGGCGGUGCGGGAGCUUUCGUUAUUUCCAAGUCUACCACACUGGCCUCUGUCCAUCAAACAGAGGCGGCUAGUAUUGCGCAAGAGGCGAUUAGUGGCAUCGCGUGCACUGUUGCAAGUUCAGCAGAAAAGCUCGUCAGCAGUAAGUAUCGCAAGAGCUUAGAAAAAGCGUAUCGACCAGCCGUUUACGCCAGGAUUUCUGGCGAGAUGAUGAUUGCAACGAUCACGUCAACAGCCACUUGUUUGUUCAGCCUAGCCUUCUGGAGAGGCUCGCGCUACUAUGUCAAUGGGCAAGCCAGCUUUGCCGAUGUCUUGAUCGUGCUUCUUGGUGAGUUGAAGAUAGCUAGCCUUUGAAUGUGAUCUCUAACCGUUUCGCCAGCUGUUCUCCUUGGUACUGCCUCGCUCGGUCUGGUUGGACCUAAUAUCCAGGCUGUGCUCGCCGGCUUCAGCGCUGCACGCAAGAUGUUCGCGACGAUGAUGAGACCGUCAUCUGUCGAUGCUGGGCAAGACACGGGCGUAGAGUUGCAAUCUGUUCGUGGAGCUAUACGGUUCGAAAAUGUCGACUUUGCGUAUCCUACUCGUCCCGAUGUCAAAGUCCUCAACAGCUUCAGCCUCCACAUCCCGGCCGGCGGCACUACUGCUAUCGUUGGAGCUUCCGGAUGUGGAAAAAGCACGAUUAUCAAACUGUUACAGCGAUUCUAUGAUCCCUUGAAAGGUACAAUCCGUCUCGAUGGCCAGCGGUUGUCAGAUCUAGACUUGAAAGACCUGCGCAAGUAUGUGGCAGUGGUCAGUCAGGAGCCAGACUUGUUCAACACUUCGGUGUAUAACAACAUUCGCUUUGGCUUGCUGCGAUCUGGGAGACAACUCGACGAGGACCAGGUUCACCGAGAGAUUGUUGCCGCGGCACAAGCUGCGAACAUUCAUGAAGCCAUCUUAGGGAUGCCUGAUGGCUACCAGACUAUCGUUGGAGAGCGAGGUGCUCGACUCUCGGGUGGUCAGCGACAGCGAGUCGCAAUCGCGAGGGCUCUCGUAGCCAAUCCCAAGAUCCUAUUGCUGGACGAGGCCACUUCCGCGCUGGACACGGUCUCGGAAAGUCUGAUUCAGGAAGCACUGGCAUCGUGUGCCGAUAAGGAUCGAACGGUCAUCAUCAUCGCCCACCGUCUGUCCACAAUCAAAACCGCCGAUAAUGUCGUUGUCAUGGCCGACGGCGAAAUCGUCGAACAAGGCGAUUACGAAAACCUCAUAAAGCGACGAGGCGCGCUUUACCGGCUGCAGAAUAUCCAGCAGCCUGAGAAGGACGUUGUUGGUGCGCAUUUGGCACCUUUGACUGCAGAUCUGGCAGUAGCCGAUCCGGAAAGCUCGACAAUCACCCUUGCUUCAAGCGACACAACUGCAAAUUCGGUGAAGCCUCUACUUCAGACAGAUUUCAAAUCGCCAUCGCUUCAUGCCGGUGAAGAGGACGCGCAGAACUCUGACAAUCGAAACCUGUUCGGAUUUCUUUUCGAUUUCAACAAGCCAUCCUGGCUCCAAAUGGGAUUCGGAAUGUGCUGGGCCAUCGUCUCCGGAUGCGGCUCCACGAUUCAAGCUUAUUUAUUCGCCAAUGUAGGUGUGCGGCCUUCACUUAUUAACGCUCAUCACCGCUGAUUCGUCAUAACAGGCAGUAACAUCCUUCAGCACCAAGUCCCUCAAAGAGUCGAAGUUCCUUUCCACUGUCGACUUUUGGGCUGGUAUGCUGGCAUUGCUCGCCGCUGGUCAGCUUGUAGCUUCGGCCAUUCGAGGUACCUCUCUUGCAAUAUGCUCGGAGAGGUUCUUGCUUCAGGCCAGAACGCAAGCUUUCGACCAGAUGCUUCGGCAAGAGAUCGCCUAUUUUGACGAAAAAGGCGGCCAGCACCUCGUCUUGCUGUUGUCUACAACACUCGGCCAACUGAACAGCCUGAGCGUGUCCCAGGUUGCCAUUUUCGUUGUUGGUUUCACAGGACUCAUCUCUGCGAUUGCGCUCUCCAUCGCUGUCGAUUGGAAGCUCGGACUGGUCUUCACAGCCAUGGGUCCCAUUCUCCUCGCAUCUGGCUACCUACAAGGGGCAUUCGCUACUCAGCGAGAACAGCAUUCCCGGGCACUGUACCACGAUGCCGUGGUUCUGGCGACCGAAUCCAUCGAUUGCAUCGGCACGGUGGUAUCACUGGGCCUGGAAGAAGAUCUGCUCGAGCGUUUCCGGUCCCUGUUGACCUCCCAAGCCCGAAGGGCAGCUCGCAAAGCUCACGUCGCCUGCUGUGUGUACGCACUGUCACAAGCCGCAAUGUACCUCUGCUUCACUGGAUGCUUCUACUACGGCGGCAGACUCUUGGCUCUGAAGCGGACUACCAUGCUUGAUUUCUUCGUCUGCUAUACGGCCAUCGUGACCUCUACGCCCUCUACUGGCGCAUGCUUCAACAUGUUGCCCGAGAUCCGCAAGGGGCUCGAUGCAUGUCAGCAGCUCCUGUCCCUUCUAUCUCGGAAAUCCGCAAUCGAUGCUUCCUCACCAGCAGGAACAACCGUGACGGGAGGCAGUGCAGAGAUUGCCACAUGCGGCGUUGAUUUUCGAUAUCCCACGAGACCUGACGCAGUAGCCUUGCAAGACAUCACCAUCACGGCUUCCCCAGGCCAAUUCAUCGCACUGGUGGGACCCUCCGGCAGCGGCAAGAGCACCGUCCUGUCACUCAUCGAGCGCUUCUACGACCCUGCCUUUGGCUCGAUCCUGCACAAUGGAGCCGACAUCCGCACCCUCAACCUCAGCGGCUACCGCAAGCGCAUGGCGCUGAUAACCCAACAGACCGCUCUCUUCUCCGGCACGAUCCGCGAAAACAUCGUCCUCGCGUCCCAAUCCGCCACGGAAGACGACAUCAGGAAAGCCAUGAAAAUGGCUGCUAUCGACGAUUUCGUGGAUUCGCUCCCGGAAGGACUGAACACCACCGUUGGCCACCGCGGCCUCUCCCUAUCCGGUGGCCAGAGACAGAGAAUCGCCAUCGCCCGUGCCUUACUCGGGGAUCCGACCGUCUUGCUGCUCGACGAGGCGACUUCUGCGCUCGAUUCGACGGCCGAGCAGUUGGUGCAGAGUGCCAUCAACGCGGCCGCGAGAGGUCGCACGACUAUUGCAGUGGCCCAGAGGCUGAGUACCGUGCGGCAUGCGGACCGCAUCUACGUGAUCCAGAGUGGGAGGGUCGUGGAAGGCGGAACGCACGAGCAGUUGAUGCAUCUCGACGGCGUGUACGCUUCCAUGAUUCUCGUUCAGGAGUCUGUCAAGUAG